GGCCCGACUCUUAGUUGCGAAGUGACAAAACAUGAUCAAUUUGCAUUUCUCUCUCUCUCUCUCAACCUCUGAUCGACGAAAUGCGAUUUCGCAUCGGCAACAUCUAUAUUGUGUCAACGAGAUUGUGAUAAUGGUAGAUCUCGAAGAAUCAAGUGCUUUUCAGUGGACAAGUGGAGGGAGAUCAGAUCGUGAUAGAUGGCGUUCAUGGAAUGCUGAGUUCUUUUAUGGUUGCUGCAUUGCAAGCACCAAGUUCCGUAAUGCUAAAGCAAUUGCUAGAAGUGAUCGGUACUUGGCAAUUGCCACUAGUGGUGGCUUAAACCAACAACGAACUGGUGUGUUUGGAGGAAGCUCUGGAUUGUACCCUUUGAAUUUUGGAACAUUGAUGACUGCUACAUUGCAGUGGGAAGGGAUACCUACAUAUGAAUAAGUGCCACGGUUGGUUGGACUAACGGCUACGGUCGUCUAUCCUCUAAUGCAAAGCCGUCUCUCAAUGCUGAGAACUGGCCUCUGGUCAUUGUGGUCUCAGGUAUAUUAUAAACUUGAAACUUCUAAUCCAUUUGGACGAGUAAUGUUUUGAUUGUCAAUCACAUGAAAUUGUAACAUAUUUGCAGUAAGGUUUUAGAUUCUCAUGGUUUACUAUAAAAUGUAUGUGUUCUUUUACAAUCAGCUCUUUACUUGAUAUAGAAUGUUUAGUUUUUUUUUUCGAAUCACUUGGUAUUCGUAUUUUGUUGUAAAACCGAUGAAUCUACUAUUCAAUUUUAGUUGCAAG